AUGGUCAUAGCUGUGCCCAGAUCAGCAACUCCACAGCCGGUCGCCCCUCGACCACCACAGACUGCUUCUGCACAGCUACCAGCCAACAUCCAGAUACCAUCAGGUAUGAUGUUGAUCCGCAGUGACAGUGGUCAGCUGAUGCUGGUGUCCCAGCAGGCUUUGACUCAGGCUCACCAGGGACCAAGAGCUGUGAUUGGUGUUGCACCCAAACCGGCUGUGGUUCAGACUCUCAGUGCUGUGUCUGAGCGGGGGAGCCAUCCUCGCAUUCAAGUGGCCAUCACAGAACCCAAAAAGGAUCCACCAGCCACGUUCAGUCAGGAAACCCUGGAAAGUGUGAAAAAGUGCAAGAACUUCCUGGUUACUCUGAUCAAGCUGGCUUCAAGUGACUCCAGGUCUGCCAACAUGGCAAACAAUGUCAGAGGACUGGUCAAAAGUCUGCUGGAAGGGAAGGUGGAAGCAGAGGAGUUUACAGAGCAGCUCUAUGAUGAGUUGAAGUCGACUCCGCAGCCCUGCCUGGUGCCUUUUCUAAAGAAAAGUCUUCCAGCAGUUCGCUGCCUGACCGCAGACCCUCAGUUAUUUAUCCAACAGGCUUCAACUUCCAUUCGCAACCCCACAUCUCUGUCUUCCACCGUGAAGCCAUCCAGCACAGACCUGAGGACCAGCCAGCAGGGUGUUCAGCAGGCUCAAGGAGUGACUCUGAGGCCUGGGUUGACGACAUUCGCCCAGUCAAGACAUUACGUGUAUAAGAGAGGUGGACCUGUCCUCAGACACACCGUGGUCCAGUCAGGAAAACACUUUGCAGAUGAUGACAUUAAUGAUGUCGCUUACAUGGCUGGAGUCAACCUCAGAGAGGAGAAUGCACAGAUCCUGACCACCAUGGUCGGCUCUGUGGUGCAGUCAUGCCAGGAUCAGCUGUUCCUGUCGCCCCACCCGGUGCUCAGCCGAAUCCUUCACACAGGACAGGCACUGGGAGUAACUGAUGUGGGUCCAGAGGUGGUGGCUCUGGUGUCUCAUGCUACUCAGGAGUGUCUUCGUGGGUUGCUGGAGAAGCUGACUGUGAUUGCUGAACACCGCAAGGCUGCCCUGAAGGAGGACCAGUGGUAUAUUAAAGAGAGUGAUGUGCGCUCUCAGCUCCGCUUCCUGGAGGAAAUUGAAAGUUUGAAGAAGAAGAGGAAAGAUGAAGAGGAAAGAGAGCGACUGCUGCGUUUGGCCAGGAGUCGCUCACACACUGAGGAUCCACAGCAUCAGCAGCUUAGGCAAAGAGCCAAAGAGCUACAGCAAAUAGAAGAAGCUCAGCUGCAGCAGAGAGAAGCCAACCUCCACGCGCUGGCUGCCAUCGGGCCUCGCAAGAAGAGACCUGUGGAUGUGAUCGAAAGCCAGGUGGUUCCUCCAUCUACAGUGCCUCUCCUGCCCAGGCAGGGUGUCCACAGAGUGACUCGGGUGAUGCUGAAGGACCUGCUGGCCUGUAUGGAGCAGGACCGCUUCCUUCGUCACUCCCUCACUCUCUACAAAGCGAUGCUGUGAGGCAUUGAACUUUCUCCUACUGCUUAACCCAUGAACUGCUCUAAAAUUAAUAUGUAAUUUUGCGUAUUCAAGAUACAAGAUCCCAAAAUAAGUUUUGGGGUGUUCUGUUUUUUUUUUCCCCCCAUUCAAAGUUUGUUGCACUUUGUUUCAGAACAGAUACUUUUGUUAGUUUGCCUUCGGUUUGUUGUU